AUGGAUAACGAAUUUGCGGAAUUUGAAGACAUGGAAAUGGAAUAUAUGAGUGAACAAGAAAUUACUCUAAAGCCACACGGAGAAGCUAAUAAAGGCCCUAGGGACAAGUCAGCAACCGUUGAUGAUAAUGAUGAGGACGAGUUUACUGACGAAGAUGAAUUCUCGAGACCUAUAAAAAAGGCCCAUCAACAAAAGACUGAAUCAGAAAUUUUGCCACAGCUCAGAUUUGCUGAUGUACCGGCUCAUUUUCGUUCGAAUUGGGCAUCAUAUCAGGUGGAAGCUUUGGUACUGUCAGUUCUGGUACUUUACAUGUUAAAUUAUAUUUUCGGUCGUGCUAGAAAUCGAAAUAUUGCAAACAAAUGGUUUAUGGAUGCAACCUCACUUCUGGAAGAGCAGUUUACACUUGUAGGAGAUGAUGGUACAUCGGAAAACUUGAGAGAAGGUCAUAUGCAUAAAGAAACUGAUUCUAUUUAUACGAUUUGGUGCUCAGGUCGAGUUGGUUGUCAGGGAAUGUUAAUUACUUUAAAACUGGUAAAACGACAGGAUUUAAUCCACGUCGUCAUGAAUCUUAUCCGACCAAAGGAAGAUAAGGUUAUAAUACGUAUUGAUGUGGACAACAACGAAAUGGAUUCAUUUGUAUUUGCUAUUGGGCAGCGGAAAUUAGUGACCAAAGCAUCCAAAGAAAAGAUGGACCUUAGUUUGUUCACAAUAGAACGGAAGGGAGUGGAUAGGUUGGGACUUCCUUCUUCGAUUGUGGUUUAUGCAGAAAUGUUUGAAGCUGUUAAUGCAAUUAUCGAUCCAGCGGUGUUAUCAAUGUUUCGAAAAUAUGAAAAUGCUAUUGAUUACUUUCAUUUUUCAGAUCAGUAUUCAGGUUAUAAACCCUCGGAUGGUGAAUCAUUUGCGCGGUUACCAGAAACUAGUCGAGUGCUGUUUUUCGCUUUCAAAAUGAGUAGUGAUAUAGUAGAAAUUGACGCACUGUUGCGAAUGGUUUUUCAUUGUUUCGAGAAAAUAAGGCGUUAUCGACUUUCAAGAGAAGGCAAACUGAAGGCAGACAAAAAACGUCAAAGUGUACAGGAAGCCUUCCUAAAAACAACACACCAGGCAAGGCAAGAAGCAGCUCAAGCUCGUCGAGAGGAGAAAACAAGAGAACGCAAACAACGCCUUCUAGAGGAGGAAGAUCCCGAAAAGCAGCGACGGCUGGAGAAAUUAGAACAGAAACGUGACAUGAAAAUGCGGCAGCCAAAAAUGAAACAGUUAAAAGUGAAAUGA